CCGCCGCCAUGUCUCAGUGAAAGCGGGGGCGGCGAGAGAAGGGGAGAGGAGUGGUUGCAUGUUAUGUUGUGGGUGGCUGGAGUCGCUUCCGUGACGCUGUGCAUGGCUUUGAGGAAAGGGUGGUUUGUUGGGGGGGCCAAAGGCUAGAGGCGCGGUGUAGGUGCUUCCUUUGUUAUUCGGUUUAAUGGCGGACGCGGUGGCUGUGAGCGGGGAUGAGAGAGUGCAAGAGCCGCCUCAUCGGGCGGAACAUAGCAGCAGCAGUCUUAGCGGCAGCGGCCUCUCGGGUGAGGAAAGCAGAGCUGCAGCCUCCGAAGCGGAGGACUCUACACAAAAUGGCGGCCGCUAUGAGAAAAUCCGAAGCGAUGAGGAGCCGCUACUAGGGGCUGCUGUAGAGGACCGGAGCUCCCCUGGUCGCGGCCUCCACAAGAUUGUCGUCUCUGCGGUCCACGAGCAGCUACAACAGCAGCAGCUGAACGAUGGGCUAGGAGUCUCGCUCCAGAAAGCCUCUGAAGACCUGCCGCCUAAGAGGAACUUUCAGAUCCCCAGGAAAAGCAAAGAAAAGAAAGCUCUUUUUCAGCCAUUAAAUGCGGGAACUCGUGAAUUUGAUGAUGUUGUGAACAUUUUGCAGUCAGCUUACUUGGACUGUAAUUCAAAAGGCAAUUUUAAAUACAAAAAAGCCAGUUUAGUUCAUAGUGAACUGUUGGAAAAAGAGUUCAUAGAGAAACGGAGGGAAUUAAAACUAGAUGGCCGAUUAGAAAAAGAGCUUGCUGAAAGUUACGCAUUUCUGAAGGUUGAUCGUGCUCUGGUGCAAAACAUAUGUGAAAAUGGCUUGCAGGUGGGCCACUCCAAAAUGACAGUUCUUGGCAGUCAUUCUAUGGGUGUAUAUCUUUCUAGGUAUUCUGACUUGUUGCAAACCAAUACUCUAGAUCCUAGAGCAACUGGUGAUGUAAUUAUUUUUAAAGUCAUAAAGGGAAGAAUGAAAAGCAUAUGUGAUACCCUCGGGGUAAAACCGAUGGACUCAGCUUCUAAAAGUGCAUUAGAUCCAACACCAAAGCAUGAAUGCCAUGUCUUAAAGAAUUCAAACAAAAUUAUGUCUGUACUAUCUUAUAGAGCAUAUGAGCGUUCACAGUAUUAUUUCUAUGAAUAUGGCUUCGAUGAGAUCCGGCAAAGGCCAAGGCAUGUAUGUCCAUAUGCUGUCGUUUCAUUUUCUUACAAGGAUGAGAAGGUUCCAAAGUAUUUGCCUUCGUCAAGAUCAAAGAUUUCUAGUAUGGAUACAGCAGAUAAGGAAAGUUACACCUUGUGGAAGGGGCAACUUUUAAACAAAGGGACACUUGUAUGCCAUGUUGCUUUGAAAUCAGAAACACGUCCUCUGCUUCCCUGCAAACUUCCUGAAAAUCUUGAUGUUGAUAUGGUUAUGAGUAUUGAACAUUUGACAAAGAAGAUCUCACCAAAAGUGUUCUAUAAAGAAACGUAUUCAGGCGAAAAGGAAGAAUUCAGGAGUGGACUAUACUGUAGUCUUUAUGAAAUUGUGGAGAAGACUAGAUCAGGAAGCAAUUUGGAAGGUUUGCUUCAAAAGUUAGAGAAAGAGAAACUAGUUAUCGUUAAACCACUUGUUGAUGGAGGGUAUCUGUUGCUGCUUUCUCCUUGUCAAAUGGCUUCACCAUAUGAUAAUCAAGCAGGAAGACCUCGCACUCUCCAAGCACUGUUUCUGUUCCAGAAUCAUAGAGGUGUAAGGACAUCAACACAAAAACAAGACCAGAAAAAUGCAAAUACUUCAGUACAGCAGGAUAUGCAUAUGGUUAUGCCAGACCUUACAAGAUUUGUACAGUCACUGCACUAUGCUCUUCUGCAUUCUCGUAAAGACCCUAAAUCUGAUUUAAAUAUUGUGGUGGAAAAAUACUUACAUGACUAUCUGAAACGGUAUAGUAAGAUUAAACAGUUCAUUUUGUAUGAGUAUAAACCAACCUUAGAUGAGAAAAGAUUCUUGCAUGCUGGUCCAAAAAACAAAUCCAAUCUUGAUAGCGCCUUACGUACCUACAUUUUUGGUUCUGAAGCCUACCAGAUUCCUGUUUCCAAAGCCAUAAAAAUGAUGGAUAAGAAUCGAAAGCCUCAGCAGUUCAGCUCCAUUUCAGAUUAUGAGGCCCCAGAAGACGAAUCGGACUGUUCAAAGAGAACAGCUGGAAAAAGAAAUGGUUCUAAAGGUGAGAUGAUAACUGCCCCAAAAAAGCAUUGUCAACAUGGAGAUGAUGAUGCAGACCGUUUCAAAGCAUUAAUUAACUUAAUUCAAUGUACGAAAAAAAUAGAUAGAGAAUCUGACACAGAAGACAACAGAAGCAAGAGUAGAUCAAAACGAAAGCUGGAAAACAGUAUGGAAAGCCCACAAAAACGCUUUAAAAAUAGCACUUCUUCAGAAAAGGAUUGUCAUGAUGGUGAGAGAACAUCUGAAUCACUGUCUUCAAUUAUAGCUGAUCUUGGUGGACGUGAUACUGAUCUGAGACAGCAAAAUGUUUCUGAUCUUCCUGUUACUGAAAAUGUCAACUACAAAAAAAUUUUAGAUGUUUUGAAUGAUCCUUCAGUGACAAGAUUUUUAACUCAUGCUUUAGCAGAAAACAAUACAAGGCAACUUCCAGAGUAUGAAUCCAUUCCAGCACAGGUCAAAGAAGAACCCAAAUUCCCUGAUGCUGCACAUGUUGAGAAUGUACAGUAUAAGGAUUCUCAGAGCUCCGUCAUGCUUGAAACUACUGCAGCAUGUUUACCUUAUUCCUUUGAUGCGUCUACUAAUGAAGCAGACAUGGACCAUAUGCUACACUUAAAAGAAACAAGCACUGGAAGUGUAAGUAGUUUUGAUGGCUGCAGCAGCCCAUGUCCCAGCACCCCCAUUGAACAGAAGUAUCACAGGCAACAUUCCAACUCAAAUAACACUGGGGAGACAGCAAUGAACUGGAAAUUAAUUCCUAUAACAGGAGGGGCAGGAAGAGUUCCUGAGGAGCAACUGAGAGAACAUGGAGAUAACCAAACAGGUUUAAAGUCUCCUGAAGAGCUGCUGGCUUAUUCACCGCCAAAGGAUGCUUUUCAAGAUGAUCCCCGAGUAAUAAACAGGCAAAAAAUGUCUGAUUAUCAAUUUACUGAAAGCUCAUAUAACAUACAACAGGGAAUAGAAGAUGGAAUGUAUACAGGUCAAGAGGAGAAACUUGAAGAUCAACAUGAGUUUGCAACAGACCACUGUUUGGCAGAUAAGCACUGUAUAAGUGGAAUAAUAGAAAAAGCAAUAUUAGAUGAAUACAAACACUUCACCAACAGGAUUCAGGAGACUUUGCAACAGAAGAAUAUUAUGUAUGUAAGUGGCAUAUCCAAACCUGUCUUUUCAGCCAAGGAAAGGAUAAUGAGACUUUCACAAUACAUAUGUUUUCAGGCAUCAGACAUUGCUGUCCAAGAAUACAUAGAAAGACUGAGCGAAAAGCUCAACAAUGUUGCUUUAUCUUCAUAUGGCAUCCCUCGUGCACCAUAUACGUGCAUUUCUAGAACAGCAAAUGAUUUUGUUAUGAACACCGCAUCGAAUCUGUCUUCAGAAGAACCUGUGGCACCAGCACCUGCUGCCAAUGAUUUUGAUACGGACCUGUUGCCGGAACCACUCGAUAACAAUGCAGUGGAAGAUUCCAGCAUUAAUGAACAGAAGCCAUUGGUGACUGUGGACACUGAAAAAGAACAGAGUCCAGUGAGAACUACUGUAGAGGCAAAACUGACAGCUGAUGGAAAUCUAUCUAGUGUUGAUCCUUUGCAACAGCCGGAUAAGCCACAAAAGCCUGCAGAUAAUGUAAACGUUACAACUCAGCCAGCCCUGGCUGACUUAAUAAUCAACAUAAAGCCGGAAGUGUUUGAUAGCAUUGUCAAAAUAAUCAAAGAUGUACGAAAAAACACUGUGAAAUUCUACAUUCAUGAAGAACAAGAGAGUACACUCUGUAAAGAAAUAAAGGAAUAUCUUAUUAAACUAGGCAAUACAGAAUGCCAUCCUGAACAGUUUUUAAGAAGAAGGGCUGACUUGGAUAAACUACUUAUAAUUAUCCAAAAUGAAGAUAUUGCCGGUCAGAUUCAUAAGAUACCCUGUUUAGUAACUCUGAAGAGGCUAUCCUGUGUCAGUUUUGCUGGUGUUGAUAGUCUGGAUGAUGUGAAAAAUCAUACUUAUAAUGAAUUAUUUGUUUCUGGUGGCUUCAUUGUCUCUGAUGAAUCUGUUCUUAAUCCAGAAUUCAUUACAGUUGAUAAGCUUGACAAUUUUCUAAAAUUCCUUGAAGAGAUGAGUACUCCAGAUGGAAAGUGGCAAUGGAAAGUUCAUUGUAAAAUACAAAAAAAAUUGAAAGAACUUGGAAGAAUAAGUGCAAAUGCAAAUGCAAAUGCCUUGCUGACACUUCUGAAUGCUUAUCAAAAGAAGCACAUGGUUGAGAUCCUGUCAUAUCAUAACUGUGAUUCUCAGACUAGAAAUGCUCCAGAAUUGGACUGUCUAAUCAAUCUUCAGGCUCAGAAUUUGCAACAAAGGCACAUUGUCUUCCUUACAGAAAAGACUGUUCAAGCAUUUGGAAGUUACACUGAGAAUGGAAUAGUGGUCACUACAAUUGCUAACUUCAUGCAUAACUUUAAAAGCCUUGUUGGCUACCAUAACUCAAUUACUGAAGAAAACAGCCUUCCUCCACCUGUUGAUCAUGACAGACAAUCAGAUGCUGUUUUGACAUUAACUCCUUUGGAGCUGGAAGUUGGGGUUUCCCAACAGUAAGCAUGAACCCAUUUCGCAGAAGCUUUUAGCAUCGGAAUAUCCGGACGUUCACACAGAGGGUUAAGUGUGUGUUGAGUAAGUGAACAAAAAUGACAGAAGACGAGCCGUUAAGUGAUAUGCGACUUUCAAACCUGAAGCCUAACACUGUGUGAGUAGUGCGUAGUAUUUUUAAACAAGUUUUUUAUUUCAAUAGAGUAGGAUUUCUCUCUUCUUAAUGUAGUUCUUGUAGAAAACGAUGAGAAGGAUGAGGAAGACAUGUCUUUGGAUUCAGGGGAUGAAGCGUCCCAAAUAGAAGUUUGCAAUGAUGUCUCAAAGCAUGAUUCCCAUUUGGAAGCUUUGCGGACAGAGACCAAAGGAUCACAUGGAGCAGACUGCCAGCAGAACUCUCAGCUUGAUACACAGCUGUCUGCUGAAGGACACAUCCUUGUGACAGAAAAGACUUCUAAAAUGGAUGUGCAAGACAUACAACCAGUUACUCCAGUGUCUACAACAUGCUCUACAGAAGGAGAAAAAAACAAUGCAGCUGAACAAGUUCCUUUCAGUAACUUUCAGAUUUACAAUAGACAAUUAAGUGUGUCCCAUCAGUUCAGUCACUUUAAUGUUCUUACUCACCAGACAUUUCUAGGAGCAACGUAUCCAAUAUCAACAAGUCGAAACCAAGAAAGUGGAAAUUACUUCUUGACUGCUUACAGCCAGAACAUGGAUAUGGACCAGUCUUCAUCUCCCAGUAAUUGGAAUGUCAGCUGUGAUUCUUCCAGGCCGCAUUCAAAACAGAAUUAAGCAACGCUAAAAAAUUUUUAUAAGUUGUUGUGAAUUUUCUGUUACUAAAAAAAGUGAUCUAACAGUUUCUAUUCUCUGAUCAAAACAUUUCCUGUCUCUCUUCUCAAUUGGUUGUUCUGUCUUAUUUAAAUCAUGAUGGCCUGUACCAGUUGAAGCACCUGGAGUUUGAAAUAAAUAUAUAUUUUUUAACAUUUA